AUGACAGAUCACACGCCAGGUAUUAUUUCUUCUUAUCACAAUGAACCUAGAGAAAUGAAGCUUGAAGACAAGACUGAGAAAGACUUAGAUUCUUCGAGUCACCUAAAAGACGAAGGAAAAGAAAAAAACAGUAACUCCGAUGGACCUCACAAGAAUAACAUUUUGGACCUAAUCAGAAGUUCAACAAGUGGCACCUCUCAUCAAGAUUCCCAAGAACUCAGAGAUGAAGGCACAGAGAACGAAGCAAGAAGUGCCCCUUUUGAUAGAAAGACCGAGACUGCCAGCAGAAAAGAACGUCGUUAUGAGCUGGUAGCAGCAGACCCUCUUCAUGGAAUCACAUCUUCUACUUUAGAUUUUAUCUACGCAACAUUGGAGGAUGAAAACUUGUCUAAAAGUUCUGAGCUCAGUGACAAGAUUAGGCAGGCUUUUUCUGCUUUGGAAGAUGAACUCUUCAAUGAAGAUGAGGAAGCGAUCUUUGAGAGGUUCCCUAAACUUCCUCCUGAAGUUCGAACAAUGAUCUGGAAGCUGAAUCUUCUAGAACCAAAAGUUGUGCGCGUCGGUAUUGUGCCAACAGAACGCACAAUAGAGCAAUGGCAAUACUGCGCUGGUGACCUUAUGAAAAUCGAUGGUCACAUGCCGAUGCUACUCGAACGAAACUCCAUUCUCAAGACCCCUCCCUGCUCUCUUCUCUCUGUCAAUAGAGAAUCUCGAGAUCAAGCAUUACAAGUACACGGUGUCUUUUGGGAACAGAGGCGCCCGUGUGAAAAAGCCGAGGGCGGUUAUGUUUCAAUCAACCGCAUAUAUGUCAAUUGGGAGAUCGAUACCUUAUGGUUGGAUUACAACAUCUCCGUCGCGUGGCAUGAUAAUAAAAUGGAUCCAAGCGACAUACUGAUCACACCAAUGCCCGCAUACGAUAAAGUUCGUCGUCUUGCAACACCAGGAGAAUCUAUCGAAUGGCCUUGUGACUAUCAAGUAUCGGAUACAGGUUUAGCAAUUGCAGAUUUCCCAAAUCUAGAGGAAUUGUUUUUGCUAGUUCCUACGAAAGAGACAGAAUGGAGCGACCCGAUUCUCGUCCCAACGCCAAUAAACACGAAAUUCUGUAGCUUUCUCGACAAAUUCGAUGCGGACUCACUUGGUUCGGGUAUCGAAUUCUUUUUUGGCGAAGAUGAAUACGACAUUAUUACUGAAAAUUUAGAUAUAGGUGAAUUGAGGGACAAUGUAUAUUUUGUCUUUCAGCACACCCUUGAGAAUUUUGCUUCUGCAGAUAACGAGGAAGAAAUCGAAGCGGGAUAUAUACGUGAUCUUUCCACCUGGGAAUGGCCAGAUGUUCGAUUCAUGGAAGUAAGCACAAUUGAGAAGGAGAAAGUCAAAGUUGUAGCUGAAGCUCUACUUGAGGUUCUGCCAGCAGGGGUCUAUGAAGUAGACGAUGAAGACACCGAUGAAGAAAGCCGUGGUCCCAGCAGCACAUCGUUUUAUUACAUGCUGCUUUUGCGACGUUAG